UACGCCCACGUUAACUUGUGACAGUCACAAUUUACCGUGAACUCGGAAUUAUCGUUCAUACUUCACACAUUUGGACACCGCUGCGCCAUCAUGAAAAACUGCUAUAUCCUGCGCACAUACAAAGCAGAAGCCACAAAUAGUUCGCGUGCUUACUAUUAGUGCGCGUUUCGUGUGCUCGUUGAUAUCAUGGUUGGUGACUGUCCAGCUCGGAGGACGGCUCGUAUUGAUUAAAAUAAGCGUGUUGCCUGUUGUCCACCUUACUGGGAAACAGGCGCGGUGUGUGAUUAAAGAAGGUUUCGCUCAUGACUUAUUGAUCCAGGAAGUUCGAAUCUGUGAGUAAACACCUGCCCUUCGCUGUGAAAUGAAAACUAACUGCCUACAGACGGAACCUGCAGAAGGUCUUAUCUUAUUAACGACGAUAUAGAUGAAGAAGGGUGGAGUCUGAGUAUACGUGAACACACCCCCACCUCUGAACAAGUCAGAAGUUUGGUGAAAACUCUUGAUGUCUCCCUCUUUUUGGAUUUAAAAAUCAUCUCCAGCCGGAUCUCAGUGAGGGUGACUUCAGCUCAAGGAAACUGCCAACCUGCCGUUCAACAUGAAUUUGAGAAGUAAACAUUUGGAGGCUGCAUCUUUGUUGAUAUUUUUGGUCAAAGUCUUCUGUGUGAAUACGCGGACUUGUCAUCCAACUGAGUAUCGGAUAGGGAAUCAUUGCUGUCCUCUUUGUCCGUCUGGAUAUCGUGUUGACACACACUGCACGAAGUACUGGAGGACUGUCUGUUUGCCCUGUGUGAAUGACACCUUCAUGAAUCUUCCUACUGGACUUAAACAGUGUUUACCCUGCACGACCUGUGGUCCAGAUUCUGGUCUGAAGAUCUACACUUCGUGCACAGCAACAACGGAUUCACUUUGUGAACCUCUGGAAGGAUUCUACUGUAUAGAACCCAAACAGAACCACUGUGCAGAUGCACAGAAACACAAACAAUGUCAACCAGGGCAGUACAUCAAACACAGAGGAACAGCCCAAACAGACUCUCAAUGCUCUGACUGCAGCGUUGGAACAUUUUCUGACGGGACGCGUACGUCUUGUCAACCACACACACAAUGUGAAUCACUAAACCUUCAGCUGAUGCAACCAGGAACAGCUUCAACUGACGCUGAAUGUGGAAAUGACAGUUCAAAUAACACAACAGUUAUGUUGUUUUGGGUCUUUUGGUGUUUGCAUUAG